GACUUGACAAGCAUAAUGUCACGUAAAAGUGUGUCUUACCUGAUGCCUAUAAUUCUGAAGAAUGAGGCUAGUUAUGAGGACUGUAUACAGAUACUUGAUGCUUAUGUGUCACAGAUUUCAAAGUGGUACCACAAGGCUGGCAGAGGAGAUGAAAUAGAAACAUUAGCAGUCCCUGUGGGUGGAGACCAGCUGACAAGAGUGAGAUUUGAAGGUGCGAAACGUUUGAGACUAGGUGCCCACACUGCACUUGAACGAUUCAGCAACCUUCAACCAAUGAUUGUAGAACUGUUUCAUGUAUUAAUGGAUUUCAUUGAGUAAUUGAUCAAGAGAUUCAUGAAGAAGAACUCUGGAAGGGAUGUAGGGACACUAGGACAUCUCAAGACAAUCAUUCAAAGAAAUGAUGUGAAUGGAAACGUUAAGAGUCGCUUUAAGAUAAAUGAACAUGAGGACUUUGUCCUCCUGACUGGCAGAGCUUACCUUCUACACACAGUGAUGGAUCAUUUUGGAAUGGAAAGUCUAGAUGAUGUCCCAAAAAAGAAUAUCCCACCAGAAAACAUUGGGAAGAUGCACAAAGGUCAGAGACUGUCAGCUUUUGAUGCUUUAAUGGGAGACAUGAUGAAAACAAUGAUUCAAGCUCAAAAUUUUCCACAGGCAGCUGAUUCAAACAUGUAUCUUACAGUCAAGCAGAAUGUAAUUUGUUUGCCCAUACGUAAGGGAAAAGCACACAUUGCGGUGAUACAUGAUGACAACAGAAUCAACCUGGAAAUGCCUGCAAAAACGUUGCAGCAAGGAAAAUCUAUUGAAGUAAAUAUAUCAGGAAUGGAUUCACCCAUCACAAUUGCACAGACCAAGAAUGAUGACCUACAUCAUUACUGGUCUUAUUUUCUGUAACAUUAUUUCCUUGUUCUGUUCUUUAAAGAUGCAAUUGCAGAGGGGGAUAUCUUUGGCAUCAAUGUAGCACUUACGAUGAUGGUACCUUACUUCUAUGCACAUUCAUCGAGGUCAAAGUAUAUGGUGGAAUGUCUAGACUACAUACUGAAAACAGAAAUGCUGUUACCACAGAGGAGUGCUCUUGAAGUACGAACCAAUUCCCUUGUUAAUCCCAGGGGUGGAAUUGGUAAUAACAAACCCAUGGAUCUCCAGAAAGAAAAUCAAGUAAAGGAGCUGAAAGAUCUUAUCAAGGGACCAGGAGCAAAUAAAACGGAGAAUGCCAUCAUCAAUGUAUGCAAUGCUGCUCCAGUUAUAAAUGAUGUUGUAUCAUGCUUGGAUACACAAAUCGAAUUGAAGGAUUUUCACACAUCUCACAAAAAAAGGAGUGAUGAAGAGGACUUGAAAGCACUGUUGGUAGAGUUUCACCAUAUAAAACCCAUCAAAUAUUGCCCAGGAAGGGCACUCAAUCAUUAUAAAAACAUCAAACAAAGUGUGUUUGAAGAACUUUCUCCCUUGAGGGAAGUCUUCACCAGUGAUGCUGAAAAUAUUGUACACCGACUGGAAAGGAAUGUUUCUCAACAUUAUGAUGAUUAUGAUGGUGACGAUGACACAGCAUGUAUAAAUGAUGAAACAAAUGAUUCAAGUCUCUGA